AUGAGCCUCCCGUCGAUCGUCCCCCGUCUCCAACAAAAGGUCAUGGAGCACCAGCUCGUCGCCAACCGUCCGAAGCUCGCGGCCCUACUGGGACACCCCGCCGGCCCCUUUACGGUGCACUUUUGGGCGCCCACCAUCAAGUGGGCCAUCUCCCUCGCGAACGUCGCCGACAUGCGGCGCUCGCCCGAGUCCAUUUCGGUCGCUCAGCAGACGGCGGUCACGAGCACAGGUGUCAUCUGGUCGCGCUACAGCACUGUGAUCACCCCCAAGAACUGGAACUUGUUCGCCGUCAACGUGUUUAUGGCUGGAACGGGUCUCGUGCAGUUCUACCGCAAGUUCACGUACGACCCCAAGCAGACGGAGGCGAACGCACUCGUUGCAACGCCCAACUGA